GGAAGAAAGAGGUGGAGACAGUGUGUGUGGGUGGGUGGUGCAGCUCCACACCUCUUUCAGGAUUAUUUUUUCUUCUCCAUCCUGGACGAUGAGUGGUGAGAGUGAGUGGUCGGGACAGUGUGAUGUUCCCCCUGAGGAGUUUCCAUGGAGUGAGGAGGCGUGUGAGGAAUUGUGGGAACGUGUGGAGGGGGUGCGGCACAAAUUAACCCGAAUCCUGAACCCAGCUAAACUCACACCAUAUCUGCGCCAGUGUAAAGUCAUCGAUGAGCAGGACGAGGAUGAAGUGCUCAACUCCGCACAGCUUCCUCUACGCAUCAGCAAGGCUGGUCGUUUAUUGGAUAUCUUGAGAGGGCGUGGUCAGCGCGGACUACAGGCCUUCAUGGAGUCUCUAGAGUUUUACCAUCCUGAACAAUACACACAACUGACAGGCCAGCAGGCCACGCAGCGCUGCUCUAUGAUGCUCGAUGAGGAAGGUCAUGAAGGUCUGACCCAGUUCCUGCUGUUAGAGGUGCGAAAGUUGAGAGAGCAGUUGCGCAACAGUCGCAUGUGUGAGCGGCGACUCUCACAGCGCUGCCGCGUAGCUGAGGGCGAACGCAGUCGAGCAGAACAGAAAAAACAGGAACUCAGACAGGAGCACAGCCAGCUAGAAAGGUUGAGGCAGGACUGUGAGGCAGGAGCGAGGGAGUUGGGUCGGCUGAAGGAGAGACUUUUAGAGCAGGCAGUAAAAUAUUCACGAGCUCUAGAAGAACAACGUAACACCUCCACCAGAGAGAGAGAGCUACUGUCACAGAUAGAACAGCUGAAAUACAGGCUAAAGGAGGCAGAGAAAAGCACUCAUGGAGACUCUGACCACUCAGCAUCUGUCACAAAGACAAGUGGCGUGUUUGUCAGUGUGCAUGGUGCCCCUGCAGGUCCGGAGGUGGUACUGCAACACACAGAUUCACUGACAGAGCGCAUCACUGGUACACAGGCACUGCUGGAUAUUCUUCAUCAGGACCGGAGAGAAGCAGCAGAACAGAGGAAGGAGCUCUGCAGUACCAUUAUCAGACUGCAGGGGGAGCUUGAGAGCGCUGAGACCCUGAGAGAAAAGUUGGAAUCUCAGUGUGAGCAGCUACAGUUGAAGUUGCGGACUCUGCAGUUGGACUGGGAGGAAGAGCAGAAGAAAAGUUUGUCUUACUUCAACCAAAUCAUAGAGCUGGAGAGAGAAAGAGACCAGGCUCUGCUCAGUCGGGACAGUCUGCAGCUGGAGUUCACUGACUGUCUGCUGGAUAAGAACCGUCUGCGUAAACGCAUCACUGAGCUGCAGGGCCGAGUGGAGCAACUGCACAGAGAGCUGGAGAGAGAGAAGGACAAGCAGCAGGAGCUCACACACACACAGUGCUGCAGUCACGGAUCUCACCUGUCUCUGCUUAGUGACGAGUGUUUUGGGCCAUGCUGUUCACUCAGUCUGACCUCCUACGACAGCCCACCGCUAUUAAAUAAGUCGCCCUCUAAUGGUCAGAACAGUGAACACUCAGAGGAUUCCCACUACAACUCUGAGGAGAACCUGCUCAGUCCAUUAUACAGUGCUAAGGAGAUAAACCGACUCUCCACCUUCCCGUUUCCUCCUCAGAUUAACUCAAUCAACCGCCGAGUCAAAACUGAGUUUGAUUUGGAUUCAUGGGGCAGUGAUGAAACAGAGAAUAUCACAGACACUGAAUCAUCACUGUGGGAUUCAUGUAGUUCUCUACAGUCCUCCUUCUUACCUUCUGAUCCAGUCAACCUGCCACCAAAUACACACACACAACACACAAUGGAGUCAGAGCCUACUCCUACUUCUGCACCCAAUAACAAAAGUCUGGCUGAUGACAUCACUGUUGUCGGGGGCAACCGCACAGGUAUAUUUGUGCAGACGGUGAGAGUGGGGUCAGCAGCGGAGAGGUGUGGCCUCAGAGAGGGGAGUGAGUUAAUACAGUUGGAGGAUGUAUUGUUUUCAGGAGGUCGUGUUGAUCUGAGUCAGUGUACAGCAGAAGUGGCUCACUUUACUCUACAAUGGUGGACUGAACCAACAUCCCUUAAACACCGAUUUAACAAAGAGGGUUACUCCCUUUUAAAUAGUGAACUCACCUCUCCUUCAUUCUCCGGCGCCGACUCAUUUUACGUCCGUGUAAAUCUUGACCUGUUCUUGGACGGUGAGCAGCCCUGUCUGCAUGUCACCUGCAACGACAUCCUGCACGUGACAGACACGAGAUACAAUGGCAAAUACCAGUGGCGUUGCACACAUGUGGACACACAUUCUGCUAAAUCACUGCAGACUGGAGCUGUACCUAACUACAACAGGGCUCAACAGUUACUGCUGGUGAAACUACGAAACAUCGCACUGCAACAGCAAGAGAAGAAGAAAUUCCGUAAGAAGGUUUCGGAGCAUGUGCGGUUGGUGAAGGCUGUCUCUCCAAAAUAUCGAGUGAUUGGCUCCUCCUCCUCAGUCCUCUACACACUCAGUAAUCGUCAUGAGGAACACAUGAUACCCUACAGUUUGGUACAGCCUGUGCAGGUGGAGUGUAAAAGGCCCGUCAUUUUCUCUCCUUCUCUUCUGUCUCAUGGCCUCAUUGAGAGAUUACUGCAGCCCGCAGAUUCAGGACUGCAGUUUAACACCUGUCCUCCAGAGCCGAUACCAGCGAGUGAGCAGAACGAUAAAAGUGUGUUUCUGAUGGAUCAAAAACACACCUCAGAUCAAACACUCGGUAUCAGACUGCAGAGCAUCCAGGAGGUCAUAAAGCAGGAUAAACACUGUCUCCUGCAGCUGAGUGUAAGCAGUGUUGAAGCUUUGCUGAAGCAGGGUGUAUAUCCCAUUGUCAUCCACAUCAAACCCAAGGACAAGAAGGGCAGGAAGUUCCGUAAGCUGCUGUCGUGUUUCAGGGACAGUGAUGUGAUGGAGGUUGUGCGGGUGGAGGAGCUGCAGUUGGAGACUCUGCCCCUGAUGUUCUGCACACUGCAGCCGGGCGACUGGAGCUGCACUGAUGACCUGAUCCACACCGUCCGCCACUCCAUCCACUCCCAGCAGGGGACGCUCGUCUGGCUCGAAAUGGACAGGAUAUUAUCAUAACAAGAACCAGAGGGAGAAACGGAACAACUCAGUGUCAUGGAAUUAAUUUUUAAAAAAGGCCGUAGAGUACUACAUUUAAAAACAAUUACAAUAAUUUACUGCGAACAAACUGUGAGAAACCAACAAAUCCACACACUCUAGACUGAAUAAAAAUAAAGCUUAUGAAAUGAGCUGUGAACGAUCACCUUCUGACACAAUGCAGAAACUUUUACAAACAUGAGCCCUCCUCCUCUAAUAAACUCCUGUGUAAAGUGA